AUGUCAAACCGGCCUUUAAGGUUCCUGCUCCCGAAGUUAGGCAGCAACUUCUUUCUCAUGAGAAGCAAUGUCACUGCCUCUUCCUCCAUCCUAAAACCCCCAACUCCCAAAAUCUUCCCCAUAUCACUGCUUCCUCUUUCUGCUCCCCUCAAGCUUUCUCGGCCUCACAACUUUCAUUUCUCUCUUAAAUUACACUCCGUCUCCCCUUCCUUCCUCUCUUCUUACAUUGCCCAAAGCGACGACGGCGCCAGUGAUGAAGAAGAACGCGUCAUCGGCGAUUGCCUCGUCUUCGAAGACGGUGCAUUCGAAGACCCUUAUCUUCAAGCCGACUCCACUUUUGACAGUCCCAAUACCUCCACGAGAUUUGCUAAAACGAAAUCCAAGAAGAAAAACAAUAAACAAUCGGUGGCAAUUGAACCCGAGAAUUUGAUUCCCGAGCAAUGGAGCCAUGUUGUAGAAGAGAUCAAUAUAACCAAGAAGGACAGGCGGAAAAUGGCGCAGCAAUUGGAGUUUGGGUGCAGAGUCGAGAAGAAGAGGCAAGGUUUGGUUCCUAUAAGGAACGUGAAUUUGCAAAAAUACUUGAAGUAUAAAGAGGCUAAAUUAGCUCAGUUGAAUCCCGUGGUUCUUGACAAGCCUUCGAGUUUUUCCGUGAAGGAGGAGGAGGAGGAUGAAGAAGAGUCAAUGGAGGCUGCAAUGAAUCUGUCAUCUUCAGGUGAGCGCGUGGCUCCUAAGAAUCCCAGGUGGGCAGUUUACGGAAAGGGUUUCGAUGAUGUAGCUCAGUUCUUCAACAGCGAAAACUAUCAGCUCGACAAGAAAAAGUCUGGAGGCGCACGUAAGUUGUUUACAAAGGAGGAAAAAUUUAUGUUAAAUAGGCGUGUACCUGAUUUAGCAGUUGCUACUUCUGGAAAAUGGCUGCCUCUUCACACGUUUGCUGCGUCCGGAGAAUUUUACCUCGUUGAUGCUUUAUUGAAACACAAUUUUGACAUCAAUGCUGUGGACAAGAAUGGUUUGACUGCAAUUCACAAGGCAAUUAUUGGGAAAAAGCAGGCUAUUACCAACUAUCUUUUAAGAGAAUCAGCAAAUCCAUUUGUUCGCGAUGAAGAUGGUGCCACCUUGAUGCAUUAUGCUGUUUAUGCUGCAUCAACUCCUACUAUUAAACUCCUCCUGUUAUACAAUGUUGAUAUAAACCUUCAGGACAAUGAUGGUUGGACACCAUUACACCUUGCUGUUCAAGCUAGAAGAACUGAUAUAGUGAAGCUGUUACUAAUUAGAGGGGCUGAUAAGAUGCUUAAAAACAAGGAUGGUUUAACCCCACUUGAUCUUUGCCUUUACUCGGGUCGAGACACAAGAACAUAUGAAGUGAUCAAGUUAUUGAAGCAGUUUCCCAAACCACGAUCCACACCCACUUUAAGUAACAAUGAAAAGUGAUCAAUUUUCCAGCUUCCCCAAUACUUUUACUGUCACUCAGGUUGUGAAACUAGAUGCUGAUGAUGCAACCGAUGUUUUUCUGAUCAGAAGAAUGUUUCGUUUGCUUCUGAACCCAAUUGCUUCAUACUGGUCAGCUUGUAACAUGUAAUUAUGUCAUUAUUAAGAGAAACUAUCAAAUCAGUAAUUAUAUACCUUUUGUCA